AUGGCGACCACCUGCACGGUCCUCACCGGCGCCGUGCGUGCCGUGAAGCUGCUCAAGGUCGACAGUUUCCGCCUGGCGUACAAGACCAUGCGCGAAGGUGAGUUCCUCAGAACCAGCUGGAACGUCGACGGCCACGACGUCGAAAUCCGGUGGUACCCUGGGACAGCGAUGGCACCGGUCGAGCUCGUGUUCCUCACCAAAACUGCAAGCACCUGCAACGUGAGGGCGAGCUUUGGCUGUCUCCUGGUACACCCGAGGCUGCCGCAGCCGCACAUUGGCAACGAAGAAAAGACCGUGUGGCAUGUGUUCAAGCAUCCCAAGGACUGUUCGCUUCGAGUCUCGCUUGUGGACAGACCCGUUCUGUUGGACCAGACUUCACGCCAAGGAGACUACUUGACCGUCCAGUGCACCGUCACGAUUCUGAAGGAGCUCGCUUAUACGACAACGACGGUGCCUGCGCCGGCAUCCAACAUGCACCAGCACUUCCGGGAGCUCCUGCGGAACGGGACGGGAGCAGACGUCACGUUCCUCGUCUCCGGCAAGGCCUUCGCCGCGCACAAGCUCGUGCUGGCCGCGAGAUCCCCGGUCUUCAUGGCCGAGUUCUUCGGGGACAUGAAGGAGAAGAGCUCCCGGCGCGUGGAGAUCAAGGACAUGGAGGCAACCGUGUUCGGGGCGCUGCUGGAGUUUAUCUACACCGACAAUGUUCCUGAACUUGACCGGGAGCUGGAGGCCGUGGCGACGAUGGCUCAGCAUCUGCUUGCGGCGGCUGACAGGUACGGGAUUGACAGGCUCAAAAUUAUGUGCGAGGGCAAGCUCAUCGGUGGCAUCACUGUCGACACGGCGGCGACUACUUUGGCUUUGGCAGAGCAGCACAAUUGCCCGCACCUCAAGGAGAAGUGUGUCGAGUUUAUCAUCAGUACUCCUGCGAUCCUUGAUGCCGUGGUGGCGACGGAGGGGUCUAAGCAUCUGGAGGCAAGCUGCCCUUCUGCGCUCACUAGCAUUGUCCUGUCUACGCGUGGGAGAAGGAACUGA